CUGAGCCCUAUGGGGAUGGGGAUGUGUUUGGAUAAAGGAUGGACUUACUGUGGCCUCACCAAGGGUCACAAUGCUCUAAAGGUCAUGUCAUGGCCCCUGGCAUUGUGGCUACUGACUCUAGGCUCCGUAAAUUGCCAGGUGUUCACAGGACAGUCCCCAACUGCUUUCCAAUCUGAGAGGAAGGAAUGGUCCCUAAAUCACCUGGCUGUUCAUCAGUCCACUGGGGCGCUUUACAUCGGAGCGGUCAACCGCAUCUACAAGCUGUCUGCCAACCUCACCCUUCUGGUGUCUCAUGACACAGGACCGGAGUAUGAUAACAAGGCCUGUUAUCCUCCUCUGAUUGUCCAGCCCUGCACAGAGCCUCUCUCCUCCACUGACAAUGUCAACAAACUCUUGCUCAUUGACUACUCCCACAACCGGCUGCUGGCCUGCGGCAGCCUCUACCAAGGCGUCUGCAAGCUGAUGAGACUGGACGAUCUGUUCAUCCUGGUGGAGCCCACACAUAAGAAAGAACACUACCUGUCCAGCGACAACCAGACAGGGACGAUGUAUGGUGUCGUCGUUCCCUCGCAGGGUCAGGACGCCACCCUGUAUGUUGGCACGGCCGUUGGCGGUAAGCAGGACUACUUCCCAACCAUCUCCAGCCGCAAGCUGCCUCGCGACCCAGAAUCCUCCGCCAUGCUGGACUACGAGCUCCACACUGACUUUGUUUCUUCUCUCAUCAAAAUUCCCUCAGAUACGCUAGCUCUCGUCCCACACUUUGACAUCUACUACAUCUACGGCUUUGCCAGUAGUAAUUUUGUCUAUUUUAUGACUGUUCAACCGGAGACACCAGAAAAUGGGAUGCCUGCUGGCAGCUCCCCUGGUGACCUGUUUUACACCUCUCGCAUUAUCCGCCUCUGCAAGGGUGACAAGAAAUUCCACUCAUAUGUGUCACUUCCUGUGGGGUGCAUACACAGGGGUGAAGAGUAUCGUCUCCUCCAGGCAGCCCAUCUCUCCAAGCCUGGCAGGGUUCUGGCACAGUCCCUGAACAUAAGUACCCAAGAGGACGUGCUCUUCGCUGUUUUCUCCAAGGGACAGAAGCAGUACCACGACCCUUCUGACCAUUCGGCUCUCUGUGUCUUCACCAUCCGACACAUCAAUGCUCGCAUCAAGGAGCGCCUGCAGUCCUGCUACCAGGGAGAGGGCAACCUUGAACUGCACUGGCUGCUGGGGAAGGAUGUGCAGUGCACCAAGGCGCCUGUUCCCAUUGAUGACCACUUCUGUGGCUUGGACAUAAACCAGCCCCUGGGGGGCUCCCAGCUGGUGUCCGGCGUGACAUUGUACACUGAGACCAGGGAUAGGCUGACCUCUGUCACCUCUUACGUCUACAAUGGACACAACGUGGCCUUCUUGGGCACCAGGAGCGGACAUCUGAAGAAGAUCAGGGUGGACGGCCCUCAGGAGGGAGGAGUGCUGUAUGAGACUUUGACUGUGAUAAAGGAUAGCAGUCCAAUCCUCCGGGACAUGGCCUUCUCGCUGGACCAGAACUCUCUCUAUGUCAUGUCUGACAAUCAGGUCAUUCAGGUACCUGUGGAGACCUGUGAGCAGUACGGCACAUGUGGGGAGUGCCUGAGCUCCGGAGACCCUCAUUGCGGCUGGUGUGUCCUGUUCAACAUGUGCUCCAGGAUGGAUCAGUGUAAAAGGGCGGAUGAACCUUUCCGUUUUGCCAACAACAUUGACCGCUGUGUGAAGGUCAUUGCUCACCCCGACAGCAUUGCUGUGUCAGCGCACAGUGUGCCUCUUCUGCUGGAGGUGAAUAAUGUGCCGGAUCUUUCAGCUGGAAUCACCUGUUCCUUUGGCCAGCAGGCCCAGGUCGACGGUCAUGUCAAUGGUAACCGGGUGAUGUGUCUGUCGCCAACUGGCAAGGAGGUCCCACAGAUACCUGAAGGACAAGACUGGUCUGGGGUGGAGCUUCGUAUCAACUCGAAGGAGACAGGUCAAACGGUGGCCAGCACGGAGGUCAAGUUCUAUAACUGCAGCAUGCAUCAAACCUGUCUGUCCUGUGUGAGCAGCACCUUCCGCUGCCACUGGUGUAAAUACCGCAACCUGUGUACUCACGACCCCAGCAGCUGUUCCUUCCAGGAGGGCAGAGUCAACGCCUCAGAGGACUGCCCUCAGCUCCUUCACUCCGGGGAGAUUCUGAUCCCAGCGGGAGAGGUUCGACCUAUUACCCUGAAGGCCCGUAACCUUCCCCAGCCGCAGUCAGGCCAGCGGGGCUACGAAUGCGUGGUGAACAUGCAAGGUGUCAGCCACCGUGUCACGGCGCUGCGCUUCAACAGCACCAGCGUGCAGUGCCAGAACAGCUCGUACAUGUAUGAGGGAGUGAAGAUCAGUGACCUGGCAGUGGAGCUCUCCAUCGUAUGGAACGGCAAUUUCAUCAUUGACAAUCCCGAGAAGAUUAAAGUGCACCUGUAUAAGUGCAGCGCCCAGCGGGACAGCUGUGGCAUGUGUCUUAGGGCGGAGAGGAAGUUCCAAUGCGGCUGGUGCAGCGGCGAGGGCCGGUGCACCAUGAAGCAGCACUGUCAGCCCAUCUCUCCAUAUGCAAGCCGCUGGCUCGACCUCUCUGCCAGGAACGUCAAGUGUACCAACCCACGCAUCACUGAGGUGAGCCCAGUGGCAGGGCCUCCAGAGGGGGGUACACUGGUCACCAUCCAGGGCUUGAACCUUGGUCUAUCCUUCUCCGAGCUGGAGGGCAACGUGGAGGUGGCAGGGGUACCGUGUACCCCACGGAAGGAGGGAUACAUCACUGCGGAGCAAGUUGUAUGUGAGAUGGCUGCUGCCCCACUGGGAAGCCCGUCAGGCCCAGUCCAGCUGUGUGUGGGGGAAUGCAGACCAGAGCUACGUACCCAGUCCACCCAGCUUUACUCUUUUGUGACCCCCUCUAUGUUGGCUCUGACCCCAGGCAGAGGGCCUGAGUCUGGGGGUACCAAAGUCACCAUUGUUGGGGAAAACCUGGACUCUGGGAGCACUAUUAAUGUCCUCUUUGGAAAUCAGACCUGCGAACUGUUUAGAAGGACCAUGUUGGAGAUCGUGUGUUUCUCAGCACCAUCUAUGACCGGUUCCGGACCAGUCCAGGUCAGUUUAGUUGUUGACCGGGCCCAAGUUCCCAGGACAUUGGCGUUUGAGUACAUAGAGGACCCCACUGUCCAGCGCAUUGAGCCCCAGUGGAGCAUCACCAGUGGACACACCACCCUGACAGUGACCGGCACCAACCUGGAUGUAGUUCAGGAGCCUCGGGUCAGAGUCAAAUAUGCUGGCCAAGAGUCUGUCAACGUGUGUAAGGUGCUGAACACCACCACCAUCAGCUGCUUCGCCCCUUCGCUGAAGGCAGAAUACACCCCAAACCAGGAGACGGUCAAACAUGUGGACGAGUUUGGCUUUGUCUUCAACAAUGUCCAGGCCCUGCUCACCUACAAGAACACCAGCUUCAUCUACUACCCCAACCCUUACCUAGAGCCCCUCAGCCUAUCAGGAGUUCUGGAGCAGAAACCCGGCACGCCGAUCAUACUUAAGGGACGCAACCUGGUGCCAUCUGCAUCUGGAGGGGCCAGGCUGAAUUACACGGUGUGGAUCGGAGAUACACCAUGCUCCCUUACUGUCUCGGACACACAACUGCUCUGUGAACCACCAAACCUCACCGGGCAGCACAAAGUCCUGGUCCAGGUAGGAGGUCUCCAUAUAUCUCCAGGAGCAGUCCACAUCCAGUCUGAGAGUCUGCUGACACUUCCUGCCAUCCUCAGCAUCGCAGCAGGCGGAGGACUGCUUUCCAUUAUUGUCAUCAUCGUCUUACUCGCCUACAGACGGAAGUCGCAUGAGAAUGACCUCACUCUCAAGCGCCUGCAGAUGCAAAUGGACAACCUGGAGUCCCGGGUGGCUCUGGAGUGUAAGGAGGCCUUUGCAGAGCUGCAGACAGACAUCAAUGAGUUGACCAGUGACCUGGACAGAGCGGGCAUCCCCUACCUUGACUACCGCACAUACACCAUGAGGGUCCUCUUCCCGGGCAUAGAUGACCAUCCUGUGCUUAGAGAGCUAGAGGUGCCAGGGAGUGGGCAGGCGAAUGUAGAGAAAGCCUUGAAGCAGUUUGCUCAGCUGGUAAAUAACAAGGUCUUCCUGCUGACGUUCAUCCGCACCCUCGAGCUGCAGCGUUCAUUCUCCAUGCGUGACCGUGGCUAUGUGGCCUCGCUUAUAAUGACGGCUCUGCAGGGACGGCUGGAAUAUGCCACGGAUGUCCUCAAGCAUCUCCUCUCAGACCUCAUCGAGCGCAACCUGGAGAGCAAAAACCACCCCAAACUGCUGCUUCGCAGAACUGAGUCGGUUGCAGAGAAGAUGCUGACAAAUUGGUUUGCCUUCCUCCUUCACAAAUUUCUCAAGGAGUGUGCUGGCGAGCCCCUCUUCAUGCUGUUCUGUGCCAUCAAACAGCAAAUGGAGAAGGGACCCAUAGACUCCAUCACUGGGGAGGCACGUUAUUCCCUGAGUGAGGACAAGCUUAUCCGACAACAGAUUGAAUACAAGACCCUGACGCUGAGCUGUGUGAACCCAGACAAUGAGAACAGCCCAGAAAUCCCUGUCAAGGUGCUCAACUGUGACACCAUCACCCAGGUGAAGGAGAAGAUCCUGGAUGCUGUAUACAAGAACACACCCUAUUCCCAGAGGCCCCGAGCUGCAGACAUGGACCUCGAGUGGCGGCAGGGCAGGACAGCUCGUGUAGUCCUGCAGGAUGAGGACAUCACUACCAAGAUAGAGAGUGACUGGAAGAGACUCAACACACUCAUGCACUACCAGGUGUCUGAGCGCUGUGUGGUGGCCCUGGUGCCUAAACAGAUGUCUUCCUUCAACAUCCCCUCCUCCGCCAGCUUCCCACGUAGUAUCAGCAGAUACGGUGUAGACGUUCCCUUCCGCUCCACUCCCACCAGCCCGGACAGCCCCCACUCCCGUGUUCCCAUGCUGACCCCUGACCUAGAGAGCGGGGUUAAGGUGUGGCAUCUUGUCAAAAACCACGACCAUGGGGACCAGAAGGAGGGGGAACGGGGGAGCAAGAUGGUGUCCGAGAUCUACCUAACAAGACUACUCGCCACAAAAGGAACGCUACAGAAGUUUGUGGACGAUCUGUUUGAGACUUUGUUCAGCACUGUAUGUCGGGGUACUGCACUGCCCCUCGCCAUCAAAUACAUGUUUGACUUCCUGGAUGAGCAGGCCGACAAGCACGGCAUCCAUGACAUGGAUGUCCGUCACACCUGGAAGAGCAACUGCCUGCCUCUGCGCUUCUGGGUGAAUGUGAUCAAGAAUCCCCAGUUUGUUUUUGAUAUUCACAAAAGCAGCAUCACAGAUGCCUGUCUGUCUGUAGUGGCCCAAACCUUUAUGGACUCCUGCUCAACUUCUGAGCACCGUCUAGGCAAAGACUCACCUUCCACCAAACUACUCUAUGCCAAGGACAUACCACAUUACAAAAGCUGGGUGGAAAGGUACUACGCUGACAUCCACCGCCUGCCUGCCAUCAGCGAUCAGGACAUGAAUGCCUAUCUGGCUGAGCAGGCCCGCCUGCACUCCACUGAGUUCAAUGUGCUCAGUGCCCUCCAUGAGAUCUACGCCUACGUCAGCAAGUACAGCCAAGAGAUCACUGAAGCACUGGAGCAGGAUGAACAGGCCCAGAAGCAGAAGCUGGCCUAUAAGGUGGAGCAGAUCAUCUCAGCCAUGUCUUCAGAAAGCUGAGACCGAAACGAACACACACACACACACACACACACACACACAAACGCACACGGUAUGUACGCAGAGACUUUAAAGAGACUUUAUGGACCUAUGAACACAUUAAGAGGACGCAUGGUGGAGACACAAGCAUACAAACACGCGCACUCAUGCAAACACAGUGUAUAGGUGCACAUGCACAGACAUACUGACAUACUACAUAAGCCGUACACGAACAGCACCACACAUCAAACAGCGGACUGUCCCAACGCACGACUUUUGGAUCAACUUUCACUUUUUUUUUUUUUCUGAGGAAACUCCAGCAGGCAGACAUCCAACUUCUAAAAUGAGCCUAUAGAGGGAGGAUUAUGGCCAUCAUGGGUGCUCAAGUAACUGCCAGUUCUUUUUCCACCGGCUAACAGUUUGUCUUUGUAGAUGGCGUUUUAUGCGAAAUGUUUGUGGUGUGGCUUUGUGGCUGGAGAGGACAGCACCUGACACACAAUGACUCUCGGCUCGAAAGGUCACCGAGGGGAAGCUCUGCAGAGACAAAAUCCAGUUUUGGCUGGAAUAAACAUGAAAGAAUAUGCUAUAUGAACAAUUAUUUUUGCUUUUUUAGAUGGAGGACAUCGGUUUUGACCUAACGGGAUGCAGUACUUAUCACAGACCUGGCCUUUAGACAUUGCCAUUGUGAGAGGAGACAUGUAGUUUUCUGUCGAAAAGCCUUUUUUUCUGUCUUGUAGCCUUUCAAAGUUCAACAGAAAGAAUGGGUAAGAGCCAGCAGACAUGGAGAAAUCGCCAUUCCAUCUGAAGGUCCUUUUUCGAGGAUGCUCCUGUUGUUCAGUAAAGGCCAAAUCAUCAUACCUGCAAUCUGCUCACGACUGAAGACGAUGUAAAGAAAGCUCUUAGUUGUCUGGGUGAGAGUUGAAAAUCUGUUAUAAUCCUACAAAUACAAGGCGUUAGCAUGGAACUUGGAGUAGUUGUAGUGAUGUGGCAAAAGCUUGAACCCGGGCUUUUAGUGCCAAAUGUAAUGUCAUAUUCCAUUCAUAUGAACUUUCCCUGUAGAAACUAUUGAUAGAUGCCAUUGUCCCUAAAGAUCCCGCUUUGGUUCUGAAAAAGUUGUACAAUAAUGAUCUUUGGACCUCAGAUUCAGCCAUUCAAAGAUAAGCAGAGACCAAAUUGAACUGUACCGGAAAGCAUGAUUAAUGACGGCGUAACCCUGAAACUUUCACCGCAGAUCUGAUUAGCCGGCUUACGGCGUGGCUCCCCCCGUCUGCCCCAGCCCUCUCUACUCAGUCAUUGUUUACACCAAACAUCAUACUUGAAAUGCACCAUGUGUACAAAAUAUCAAGAACAACUGCUCCUUCCAAGACACAUCUCAACCGGGAUAGUCAAGACGAAGGAUUUGAUACCUUUUUAUAUCUUUACCUGCAUUGACUUUGUUUUUUUUCUAACAUUGAUUUUAAGCAUGAAUCCGUAGAUCUACUGGAUGAAAGGCAGGACCAGGAUUUCGGAAAGGAUGGAGACGGCCGAGACAUGAACUGUGUAAGAAGGGGAAGCAGCUCAGCAUCCGGGGGGGGGGGGGUACACAGUGUAUAUUUGAAUAAUGUGACAUGUUGGGGAUGUGAUUUGUUUGUGUUCUUUUAUUUUCGUUUUAUUUUUUUUUAAAUCUGCAGUUAAUGCAUACAAUGCUUCUUAAACAAAUGUGUUUUGGUCGGGUAUCAGUAUUAUCUUCCCCCUGGAGACCGGACAUGUUUCCAUUUUAAUGUUUCGAUGUAUCAUCUCCAGUUUUCAAUCUUAGACACGUACAACCACACAUCUCAUCUGGUGGCAUGGGGUUUUCUAGCUGCUGUGUUCAUUGAGUGCCAUAUCCAAACUGAAAACUCAAA